AUGAAUUCUGAAGAACCAAUGGAGCAGUCCAGUACUGCCAAAGCAGUGCACAGUUUUACAAAACAGAAGUCAUUUAAUGACUCCCGUCCUGGCAUUAGCUCGGUUGCCACCGCCGGACAGGUCACGGUCGUGGUCAAUAGUCGACAAAAGGGCAACCCAGUGUUGCGUUAUGUGCGCAACGUCGCUUGGGAGUACGGCGAAACGCCGGCUGACUACGUGAUGGGUAAGUCGUGUUGCGGCCUGUUCCUCAGUUUGAAGUUUCACAAGCUCCACCCGAGUUACAUUCACGAACGAAUGAAGGAAGUCGGCCGAAAAUACGCUGUGCAGAUGCUUUUGGUGCAGGUAGAUCUCAAGGAGCCGCAGCACAUUCUGAGGGAGUUGAAUUCUGUAUGCUUUUUGGCAAGUUGGACCUUAAUUUUGGCGUGGUCACCAGAGGAGGUUGCCGAGUACAUCGAAGCAUACAAAAUCUACGAAACCAAGUCUUCCGAUUUUUUGGUGAAAAAGGUCGAAUAUGCCGACGGCAGAGCUCGUCUCGUUGACCUCCUUACUUCCAUUAAGUCAAUUUCCAACUCUGACGCCCAAGCAAUGAUCACGACUUUUGGUUCACUGAAGAACAUUGCCCAAGCAUCGGUCGAGGAGUUAGCAUUAUGCCCCGGAAUGGGACUGAAAAAGGCCAAGAAAUUGUACGAGGCUAUGAAUCGUGAAUUUUGUGCUCAGCGUGAUGAUGUUACUGGAGACGGAGACCCUGCUCCAGUAGACAUGUUUGCGGAUGAUGCUCAGGAAUGA